CCGGUGGAGACGAAUGGCUCUCAUCAAUGACUCUCUCGUGACUGAAUUCAUUCUAUUGGGAUUAACAAACCGACCAGAGCUCCAAAUCCCCCUGUUUCUCCUAUUCCUCAUCAUAUAUAUGUUCACAGUUUUGGGAAAUUUGGGUUUGAUCAUUUUAAUUUGGUUGAAUCCACUCUUACACACCCCUAUGUACUUUUUCCUCUUUAACUUAUCCUUCAUAGACUUCUUUUAUUCUUCUGUGUUUACACCCAAAAUGCUGGUUAAUUUUAUAUCAAAGAAAAAUAUUAUCUCCUACUCGGGGUGCAUGACUCAGCUUUACUUUUACUGUUUUCUAGUCAUUUCUGAAUGCUAUAUGUUGACAUCAAUGGCCUAUGAUCGCUAUGUGGCCAUCUGUAACCCACUCAUGUACAACGUUGCCAUGUCUCCAAAGGUGUGUUCCAGUCUUAUGCUUGGUUCAUACAUGAUAGGGUUUUCUGGUGCCCUGGCUCACACAGGAAGCAUGCUGAGACUGACCUUCUGUGAUGCAAACACCAUCAAUCAUUAUUUUUGUGACAUCCUUCCUCUGCUCCAGCUUUCCUGCACAAGCACCUAUGUCAAUGAGCUGGUAGUUUUCAUUGUGGCGGGCAGCAGCAUUAUUGUUCCCAGUCUCACCAUCUUUAUCUCUUAUGGAUUCAUCCUCUCCAGCAUCCUUCGUAUCAACUCCAGGGAGGGCAGGUCCAAAGCCUUUAGUACCUGCAGCUCUCACAUUAUUGCUGUUUCUCUCUUAUUUGGCUCAGGUGCAUUUAUGUAUCUCCAGCCCUCUUCUGUUGGGUCUAUGGAUCAAGGAAAAAUCUCCUCUGUCUUUUAUACCAAUGUGAUUCCCAUGAUGAACCCUUUAAUUUAUAGCUUGAGGAAUAAAGAUGUUAAAGUUGCUCUGAGAAAAACCCUUUGUGGGAGAAAUAUUUGA